AUUUUUGGGCACAGGAAAUGGCCCGAAGGAGCUGCAGAGCAAAGCCUCCCCUCUCUGGCACCGCAUGGGAGUGCCCCGUGGGAUGGGGAGAGGACCAGGCAGUCAGGCAAAGGUUAGGGGAGGAAAGCAAAGGCAGAGACCCAGAACGACUCCAGGAAAUGUUUGGAUUUCUCCACCAGGAGGGAGGACAAACAAGCUUUUUUCUUGCCUUCUGGGCAGCUCUGUGUGCUCUCCAGCUCCGACUCCGAGCAGGAAGGGCGAAGCCGAAAAUAAAAAUUAUUCCAGAGCUGGACCCAAUGGCUCCUCUACUGCACGAGGCUCAUUGGACCCCCGCAUCCCGCCGCCUCCCAGAAACGACCACUUUGGCUAAAUUGCAUGCAUUUCCAAGCUUCGCCCGGCUGCAGGCUUGGCCUCUGGGAGAGGCAGGCGGCUUGUGAGUGGGCUCCAAAGAAAGGACCUCCCUGGGUCUCUCAUUUCCUGGCUGAAGUUCCUCUUCUCAGUGCUGAGGCAGCAUCCAACCCAUACUCGCAGGACCCGCAUCCUGGGUGAUGAAGUCAGACACGCAGCAGCCAGGUGAGUGGUAACGCUCAGAUAAGCAUCUGUGCCUUUGUGGGGACUCCCUGGGCUGCUCCGCACCCGGACACUCGCUCUGUCCUCGCCAUGUACAACGGAUCGUGCUGCCACAUCGAGGGGGACGCCAUCUCCCAGGUGAUGCCGCCGCUUCUCAUCGUGGCGUUUGUGCUGGGCUUGCUGGGCAAUGGGGUCGCCCUGUGUGGUUUCUGCUUCCACAUGAAGACCUGGAAGCCGAGCACUGUUUACCUUUUCAACUUGGCCGUGGCUGAUUUCCUGCUCAUGAUCUGCCUGCCUUUUCGGACAGAUUAUUACCUUAGAGGUAGACACUGGGCUUUUGGGGACAUUCCCUGCCGGGUGGGGCUCUUCACUUUGGCCAUGAACCGGGCCGGGAGCAUCAUGUUCCUUACGGUGGUGGCAGUGGACAGGUAUUUCAAAGUGGUCCAUCCCCACCACGCGGUGAACACCAUCUCCAACCGGAAGGCGGCUGGCAUCGUCUGCACCCUGUGGACCCUGGUCAUUCUGGGAACGCUGUAUCUUUUGCUGGGGAACCAUCUCUGUGUGCAAGACACAGCCGUCUCCUGUGAGAGCUUCAUCAUGGAGUCAGCCAAUGGCUGGCACGACAUUAUGUUCCAGCUGGAGUUCUUUCUGCCCCUUGGCAUCAUCUUAUUUUGCUCCUUCAAGAUCGUUUGGAGCCUGAGGCAGAGGCAGCAGCUGGCCAGACAGGCUCGGAUGAAGAGGGCGACCCGGUUCAUCAUGGUGGUGGCGGUUGUGUUCAUCACAGGCUACCUGCCCAGCGUGUCCGCCAGGCUCUAUUUCCUCUGGACGGUGCCCUCGAGUGCCUGCGAUCCAUCUGUCCAUGUGGCCCUGCACAUUACCCUCAGCUUCACCUACAUGAACAGCAUGCUGGAUCCCCUGGUGUAUUAUUUUUCAAGUCCCUCGUUUCCCAGAUUCUACAACAAGCUCAAAAUCUGCAGUCUGAAACCCAAGCAGCCAGGACAUUCAAAAACACAAAGGGUGGAAGAGAUGCCAGUUUCGAACGUCAGUCGCAAGAGUUCCAUCGGUGUGGCAAAUAGUUUCCAAACCCUGUCUGAUGGGCAGUGGGAUCCCCAAAUGUGUUGAGUGGUGCUGAACAAACAGACCAGCAAGGUUGAGGAAGACAGAGCGGUGACCUAGAGUUAACUCAUGCUAAGGGGUUGGGGGCUUUGAGAUUGCCACUCCUCUUUCUUAUUGCAAGACGGCUUCACACACAUGAGCUGCAUCCUUCUCAUUCUGUCGGAAAUGAAAUUCACAUAACUGCACCUUUUGGGGAGGUUCCAGUUGAUUGAAGUGAGUUGAUUGCAUUUUCUUAUCUGAUUACAAUGGCAGGGGACUGAAUGUGCCUGGAGUGGAGUCUGUGUGUGUUGGGAGGGGAUUAGGAACUGCACAGCCCCUGUGUAAUUUUGUUUGUUUGUUUUUGUUUUGAGACGGAGUCUUGCUCUGUCGCCCAGGCUGGAGUACAGUGGCAUGAUCUUGGCCCACUGCAACUUCCGCCUCCUGGGUUCGUUCAAGCAAUUUUCCUGUCUCAGCCUCCUGAGUAACUGGGAUUACAGGCUCCAGCCACCAGGCCCUGCUAAUUUUUGUAUUUUUAGUGGAGACAUAGUUUUACCACGUUGGCCAGGCUGGUCUCAAACUCCUGACCUCAAGUGAUCCGCCAGCCUCGGCCUUCCAAAGUGGUGGGAUAACUGGAGUGAGCCACUAUGCCUGGUCUCCCCCGUGUAAUUUUAAUCCGCUAAGUAAAUGGGCAUAUGUGUUUAAAUGGGUGAUGUUCUCUCUCUUAGAGGGUGUGGGGGGGGGGCAGUUAGCAGUAUUUCCUGUUAGGGAGUUGGGGGCAGUUAGCAAUACUUUCUAUCCUCUCAGCGUAAAUCAUUUCUCAUCUCGGGAAAUAGGAACCAGACUAAGUCAAUACUUUUUUCAGGCCAAAUGAGGCUCUUUAGAUUGGAAUGUAUUGAUCCUAUUAAUUUUCAUCUUUACUGGGGCCCCUCUGUACAUUUCUUUGUGAUUGUUGUGACUUCCCAGUAGCCCAAGAAAAACAGCAGCAAAACCAUCUGCCCUGCCCUUCACAUGUGUGUGUUUCAAAGCGGGUGCUGAGGAUCCGUUCCCCAGCCCUGGCUUCUCCAGUGUCGUGUGCUGAGUCCAACACAAUUGCUUUUGACGACUUGUUAUGUGACUGUGAAUUGAAAUUAUUCACUUAUUUCUUCUCCAGGUAUUUGCUGGAUUUGUAUUUGGUGGCAGGCACUAUACUGUGUCAUUUUUGCCAGAGGGUCAUUAGUCAACUGCUGUGUGACAAUAAAGUGUUUUGGGGGCUAGGGAUGGAGAAGUUAAGAACUUUCAACCUUUCAUGGAAUAUAGUUUCUAGACCUGUUCUGUGUGACUAUCAAUGUUGUCCUCUUAUUGCAAGACUCCCUCAUGCACAGGAGUUUCCCAAAUGUGUACCUGGACCCCUCAAAACAGAGGACUCUGUGAAAUGACAAGCCGCCCCUGCCUUGCAUUAGGGGGAACAUUCCAGGCCAACUGUAGCUCCUUUCUCAACCUGCAAAGUGGUGAACAUGGUUCUCAAAUCCUUAAUUUAUACUCUCUCAAAUGCCCAGGGUACUCUCCCCACUUAAGAACUUUGCCAACUUCUAGUUCUUUGGCCUCAAAACACCCCUGUAAGGCCGGGUGUGGUGGUUCACACCUGUAACCCCAGCACUUUGGGAAACCGAGACAGGUGUAUCACUUGAGGUCAGGAGUUUGAAACCAGCCUGGUCAACAUGGUGAAAUCCCGUUUCUACUAAAAAUACAAAAAUUAGCCAGGUGCGGUGAUGGGCACCUGUAAUCUCAGCUAUUCAGGAGGCUGAGGCAGGAGAAUCACUUAAACCCGGGAGGUGAAGGUUGCCAUGAGCUGAGAUUGCACCAUUGCACUCCAGCCUGAAUGACAGAGUGAGACUCUGUCUCACACACAAAAAAAAACAAAAAAACCCAACUCUUUAGGCUGUCCCUAUUAUUCCUUUUUUCAGAGGCACUGCACAGCCUAGUGAUGAAAAAUAUGGGCUACAGAGUGUUAGACGCAUCUAAGUUUGAAACUCAGCUCAAGCAUGUACUAGACCUGUGAUUGUUUUUUCAGACACAGAGUCUCACUGUAUUGCCCAGGCUGGAGUGUGUGCCAUGCUCAUUGCUCACUGUAGCCUCAAACUCCUGGGCUUAAGCAAUCCUCCUACCUCAGUCUUCUGAAUAGCUGGGAGUGUAGCCAUGAUGAGGUCUCACACACUGUGUUGCCCAGGCUGGUCUCAAACUCAUGGCCUCAAAAAGUCCCCGCAUCUUGGCCUCGCAGUGUAUUGGGAUUACCUGCAUGAGCCACCGCACCCAGCCUGGCAGGUUUUAUUUUAACCACUUGUAGCUCCAUUUUCCUCGUCUGUCAAACAGGGAUAACUACAGUAAACUUCACUGUGUCACUGGGCAGGUUAAAUGAAUGUACAUUACUGAAGCGUCGGAAAUUUGUACAGUUAUAUACCUAAUGCCUAGGGGAGGACCUGCACACAGUAGGUGCUCAGUAAAUGUUUGUUAAAUGAAUGAAUGAAUGAUUACGUGCAUGUAAAGCCUUAAGUACAGAGCCUGGUAGUAAGUGCUCAAUAUUAUGACUUAUGAUAUUAACAUGUUUUACACAUAAAGAAACAGAGGCAAAGAAGCAAUUUCCUCUGGGGUUUAGAGCCCUUAAGUUGCUGCUCUGUUUUCACGCCUGAAUUCCCCUGCCCCUCAGUUACCUGGUGAAGAGUGAAGGCAAGAAUUCGUAUCAGCAUUAAAGAGUCAUACAUCCUCCUGAUAGGAAUCUGUGAAAACCCACACUUCUGCUUUUAGUUCUAUUCUUAGAAUUAUUCCCCAGGCUGCUGCUCCUUUGUUGCUUCAUCGUAAUAAAAAUG